CACUAUUUCAACCAGUGUGAUUCCUAAAUCCCUCUCCAUGCGACAUGUCGCAACUUAGUUACUGACUGCCUGAGGUCAGAGUUGAAUAGAUGGCAGUGCCGAGUGUCAAUUCAGUAUGCAGUACUAAAUGUAGAAACAACAGAUAUGUACAAUGAAUUGCGCGGGUGCGUUAGAGCCACCAGGUAACGUGGGUUAGAAGCCUUGUGGUCCUUCGACUCCACAAGCCACUAUGGCAUCCCCUCAUCCCUCAUCCUUGGGAAGCGGUUUGUCUACACCACCCCAGUACAGAGGUGUCGGAGUGGCUUUGGCUGUUGGGUCGGGUGUUUUUAUCGGCUCAUCGUUCGUUUUCAAGAAGAGGGGUCUUAUAGCAUCACAAAGAGAUGGUGCUGCGGGGGAAGGAGUUGCAUAUCUCAAGAAUUUUGUCUGGUGGACAGGAAUGUGCAUGAUGAUUAUUGGCGAACUGAUGAACUUCGGUGCCUACGCAUUUACAUCGGCCAUCAUAGUAACACCGCUGGGCGCGUUAUCGGUGGUCAUAUGUGCUGUAUUGUCAUCUAUAUUCCUCAAGGAAAAGCUGUCGCUGUUCGGAUGGAUCGGUUGCUUCCAGUGCAUUGUGGGAAGUAUUAUUGUUGCUCUUAAUGCCCCUCAAGAGCAAUCUGUGAACACUAUAACGGAGUUCAGGCACCUCUUCCUCGCCCCUGGGUUUCUCGUGUUUGGGAGUGUGAUAAUUGUCGCUGCGCUAUUCAUCAUAUUUUUCGUUGCCCCACGUUACGGAAGAAGCAGCAUGCUAUGGUAUAUUUCGGUCUGCUCCAUGAUCGGAGGUCUGAGUGUGUCUUGUACAACGGGCCUUGGCUCAUGCAUUGUUACAAGUAUACGAGGAGAAAAUCAGUUUAAGAACUGGUUCAUCUACUUCCUGAUGGCUUUCGUUGCAACCACCUUAAUCACGGAGAUUUACUAUUUGAAUAUUGCUCUCGCAUUAUUCAACACUGCCAUGGUCACCCCAACGUACUACGUGAUGUUUACUGGGUGCACUUUGAUAACAACGAUUGUGCUGUACCAGGGCGUGAAAGCGUCUAUUUCCGCUAUUCUCACCGUUGUGUUCGCAUUCCUUAUCAUUUGCUCUGGUAUAACACUCCUUCAAAUUUCAAAGGUGGAGCCAACCAAGUUACGGGGUCUGGAUAGACGAACCACUCUACUGCUCCAAGCAGCUCGUGAAGAAGUUGCCGAGCCCGAAAUCGACGAUCCAGAGAAGGGCCUGCUGCAAGCUUCGGAGGAGCCGGGCCUUGAUGCUCUUCGCGGAACGUUCGGUGUAGGUGGUACAAUUGUGCGGGCUCGCCGGCGAGCUUCCACAUUAGGCACAGGCAGCGCGAAUUCCAUCCAUCGUUCCACUUCGGGAACCAGCCGGAAGAACAGCAGAGCUCGCAGCGGGCAUGACCUGCACCAUGACAAUCAUGCCGAGAGAGAGUGGGAGAAUGUGGCAGGGAAGGGUGUCCGCCGCUUCCAACUGACUGACGCACCAGUAUCACCGCCCGCCACAGCUCCUCCCGCAGCUCCCCCUCCUUCCUUUGGGCUGAAAAGGAAGAAAAGAGAUUCGCACGGAUCUGCCGUAGCUGUCCGUGGUUCGAUCGCGGGCGGCGAUGAGGCAGCUUUACCUGUCGAGAAGUUAUCCUUGUCUGCCCUCCUGGCACAGCAGGAAUGGGCUACUUCCCAAAGAUUUGAUGUCUCUGAAGUUCCCCCUCCCAAAAGCGGUAAUGUAUCACCAGUCGAUUCGCAGCCGAAGUCCAUCAACCAGCACAUCCAUUUCACUGAGUCAACGGGACCGCAUCCGGAUCAUUCGGCGUCAUCUGUACGCCUAGUAACGUCUUCGAGACGACACCACAAUAUUUUGAAUCCGAGGAAGUCUAUUCCACCAAUCUCCCAGACGCCGCCACUAGAGUCAGGAUCAACGACAUCGACAUCAUCACCACAAAAAUUACAGAAUUCGACGGCCCACCAGCGCCCACACAUUCCAUUAGCUGCCAAGAUCUCGCCAGAAGAAGCACCAGGUCCUACCGUGGAAGCAAGGGAUUCAACGUCUUCGCCAUUGUCAAACCCGCUUUCGGCUACCCCCCAGGCGCAAGAGGGAAGCGAAUCGGAAGACGAAGAUUUGGUGGCGGGGACUAUCACAACUGUCGAACCUCUCAAUGCGCCGGCAGGCCACUCUGAUCCGAUCAGUGAAUCCACGGACAGCUCCACUGACCGUUCCGGCAACCGUGCUCUUGCUUCAAGGCGACAUCUGCGCUGAUGUACUGCGUUCAUUUUCUUGACUUUAUGAUUGUUUACGCACAUGUCGUGCGAACAGUAAAGGUAUACCCGGCAGUCGACAGUUUUCAUGCGGAUUACUGCCUACCCCGCCAUCUAUAUUUAAUCCAUCGUUAUGAUACCACACACCCAGUACCCGAUGGCAUAUCUGACACCUUUCACAUACUUUCAUACUUACAAUAUACCGAGUCGAUCAUUGUCCGCGUCC